AUGCAAUUAUUAUCGCUCGCGGUGCCUUUGCCUCGGCUGUGUCUGCGGUCGCCGCGUAAGUGCAAACGUCGGCCAAGGGGCUUAAACGUCGCGCACCGCGUCGAUAGCCAAUAUACAUAUAUAUUUCGAAACGAGUUUGCCUUGUAUUUAACUUCGUUGUGCAUUUUUUUUCUUCUUUUGUCGUCGCGUCGUACUUACUACGUUUCGUCUCGCCCGAAACCGAGCAAAAAAGUCAUGGCUCCGGACGUUACCGAUCAAACUGCAGUGAAUAACAAUAAUCUCGUCGUCGAAACCGAUCGAUCGGACGACGCUGCCUCGAGUGCGGCGGUAGCCACGGCAGAACCGACGGAAUUCGACGCCCACGACGACGACGACGUAGAUUACGGCAAAGACGAGGCCACCGCCGAGUCGUUCGAAUGGCGCGACGUCAAGUGGCUGAACUCGAUCUUCAUGGCCUCGGUGCACCUGCUGGCUCUGUACGGCCUGCUGACCACCGACUACGCGAGACAGUGGCGGACAUUUUUAUGGGCCAUGUCGCUGGGCUUCUACGCCUCGCUGGGCGUCUCCGCCGGCACCCAUCGACUCUUCACCCAUCGAUCCUACAAGGCCGGCCCGGGCCUGCGACUCUUUCUCGUCUUGGCCCACGUGCUGUCGGGCCAGCACAAGAUCUACAACUGGGUGCGGGACCAUCGGGUGCAUCACAAGUUCUCGGAGACGUUCGCCGAUCCGCACGACAGUCGUCGGGGCUUCUUCUUCGCCCAUCUCGGCUGGAUGAUGCUGAAGAAGCAUCCGCAGGUGCUGGCCAAGGGUCGAAAGAUCGACAUGAGCGACAUCGUGGCCGAUCCCGUCGUUCGACUGUGCGACAGAUAUUUCAUGCCGUUGUUCCUGUCGGCGACUUUGCUGGCCACCGCGGUGCCGGUCUACUGCUGGAACGAGGACUGGUACAGCUCCUUCGUGCUCCAAGUCGUCAGAAUACUCUGGAGCCUGCACUCGGUCACGAGCCUCAACAGUUUCGCCCAUCUGAUCGGCAACAAGCCUUACGACAAAAACAUAGCUCCGUGCGAGAACCGAUUCAUGUUCUACAUCGGCUUCGGCGAGGGCUGGCACAAUUACCAUCACGUGUUCCCGUCGGACUAUCGGGUGGCGGACUUCGGCCUCGGUCCGCGCUUCGACGCCACCAGUCGCUUCAUCGAGUGGUGCGCCGCCCGUGGCUGGGCCAGCGAUCUCCGGGUGGCCUCGGACGAGACCGUGCGCAGAACGAUGAGGAAUCGCGGCGACGGCAGCCUCGGCGACGAGGGCAAAGUCGCCAUCGACUGACCUGCUGCUGCAUCUCGGCGGCGGCGGUGGCAGCGGCGACAGUGGGGAGAAGAAGACGUAACAACAAUAAUAUAAUCGUAUAUAUAGGAUUAAUGAGCGCGCGUGAAUGAGUAUAUAUAAUUUUCG